AGCUUAUGAAUUUGAUAUUGCGUUUGUUUAAGCUGGCAAGAUACCCUUUGAUGAAGAUAGCUGAAAGCUCUCAAAUGGAAUAUUAGAUUGGGAAAUGUGGGUCAUACAAUAUUAUAUUCCUUGCUUGGCUACUACAUUCCCACUGAGAAAACCACCUUUAUAAGGCUCAUUCUUGAGCUCGAUUUGGGUCAAACAAAACAUUUGGCACAUAAGAUUAAUAGCAGCUAGCCACCCGUGUUUCUUCAAGGUGAAGACCCAAGACAGAUUGGAGUUCAUCAGUCAAGCAAAUCAUAAAACCUUAAAGUCAUCAUUCUUCAAAGAACAUGUACCAUCAUCACCAUGCAGAUAGACAUGUGUUCAUCCAAGGAGGGCAUGAACAUGGGCACGAUGGUGUAAGAGAAUCAGGACUUGUCCUGUCAACAGAUGCAAAACCGAGGUUAAAAUGGACACCGCAUCUCCAUGAACGGUUCAUAGAAGCAGUCAAUCAGCUUGGAGGAGCCGAAAAGGCUACUCCAAAAACAGUUUUGAAACUCAUGGGAAUCCCAGGACUGACAUUGUACCACUUAAAAAGCCAUCUUCAGAAGUACAGGCUUAGUAAAAAUCUUCCUGGACAGGCAAUUAACAAAGUUGUUUCAGUAGAGAGGAUGGAAGUAUCAGAGGCAAAUGAAACUCAUAUGAGCAAUCCAAGUAUGGGAACACAAACAAACAAAAAUUUACAGAUAAACGAAGCAAUACAAAUGCAAAUUGAAGUACAGAGAAACCUUCAUGAACAAAUAGAGGUACAGAGACAUUUGCAGCUAAGAAUAGAGGCUCAAGGGAAGUACCUUCAAGCAGUUCUAGAGAAAGCUCAAGAGACUCUUGGAAAACAAAACCUGGGAACAAUUGAUCUAGAGGUUGCAAAAGCUCAAAUCUCUGAACUAGCCUUAAAGGUUUCCCCUCAUUGCCUGAAUACAUCUUUUCCAGUAAUGAAGGAUUUAUCGCGUUUAAGCCACCAGCAAUCUGACGUAACUCAACCCACGGUUUGUUCCGUGGACAGCUGCUUGACUUCUUGCGAUGCCUCAAUUUAUGAUCUACCUAGGUUAAGACAGUGUGAGUUUAAAGAGGACAGAAAGAUCUUUACCUCGAGAAAUAAGGACAUUGAAACAAUAGAUACCUCAAUGGGAGUUGGACUGCAAUCUGGGAAAGGAAAUAGCAAAAUAUCAGAUGGAACAAAUUACCUUCAGCUAGUGGACGAGAAGACGCUACAGUUCGAAAUGCCUUAUUUGAAACCGACGCUGGACCUAAAUUCCCUACAAGAAAACGAGAAUCCUUCAAACUACAAGCAACUAGAUCUCAAUGGUUUAAGCUGGGGAUGAGUGGUACGUAACUACGUACAUCGAUCGUCGGAGGAUUUCUUAGCCAAAAUCCGAGCGGCGUCAGUGAUAAACAGAUCAUCGUAAUCUGAAUCUGAAUCAGCAACAAUUUCUAUGUACUGUCUGUAUAUUUGUGUUAAAUUGCUGCUUUUCAACAAAAGAUGACAUUCUUCAGUUCUCCUGAUUCCUUAGACAGGCUGCUGAAAAGCUUAAUCAUAAAGUUUACUCUUCU